GUUUUGACACAAAAACUCUUUGGGGGUAUAAAAGUGCGCCACUGACCACAGACAGCAUCCAGUCAAAGGUUUGGAAUCGUGUGUGAUUCUACAAAUCCUUACAACAUCAUUUUCUGCGUUGCUCCCUUGGCAAUUCCCAACAGACUUCACAAUGAAAGUAUUCUUCUGCCUAGCCGCUUUGCUGGUGGCUACCGCUUGCGCUUCCGAUGAGGUGCCAUUGGAGAAGAAACUGGACAAACGCGGUCUGCUCGAUCUGGGCUACGGCUAUGGCCAUGCUGGUCUGGAUGUUGGCCACAUCGGUCACGGCUCCCUUGGUCAUGGCGCCAGCUAUGGCCUGAGCUCCUAUGGACACUCUGCACCCGCCGCCAUUGCCGUUGGACACAGCGGUGGUGGCAUCUCUUAUGGACACAGCGGUGGUGGCAUCUCUUAUGGACACAGUGGUGGUGGUGGCAUCUCUUAUGGCGCACCAGCCGUUGCCGUACAAGCCCAUGCCGUGCCCGCUCCCUAUGUGAUCAGCAAACAGGCUGAGCUGCACAAGACCAUCUACGUGACCAAGGGUGUGCCCGUGCCCGUGCAUGUUGACCGUCCCUAUCCAGUUGUGCAUGAGAAGCGUGUGCCCGUUGAGGUUAGAGUGCCCGUGCCACAGCCCUACGAAGUCAUCAAGAAGGUUGCCGUGCCCGUCAAGGAGUACGUGAAGGUGCCCGUACCAGUGCCACAGCCCUACGAAGUUAUCCGUCACGAGAAGGUGCCCAUCCAUGUGCCCGUCGAUCGUCCAGUGCCCGUUGAGGUGCCCAAGCCCUACCCCGUGCCCGUCGAGAAGCCAUAUCCCGUCUACGUGGAGAAGAUCCAGAAGGUGCCCGUGCAUGUGCCAGUCGAUCGCCCAUACCCCGUCUACGUGAAGGUGCCCCAUGUCUCGCACUCCGUUGUGAAGCACGCCCCCACCUAUGCCGUCAGCAAAUUCCCCAUCACCGGCUACCCAAUCAGCGGUGCGGGUCAUGAUGCCAGCGUGUACGCCGAUCAUUCUGGCUACCACAAGUAGAGCGGUUGCGGAAUCUAUUUGGGGCAACGCCAAGGACUUACCAGAAUAUGAGCCGAAUCAAAUUUAGCAACAUUUUUUUAAUUCUGUCCAACAAAAAUUAAGAAAAACAAAACACUCUCACACGGUCUCUGCGCUCCCCUACAUAAUUUCCAAGAGGUUCUAGUAGAACUUCCACCCUGCCACUCUCUGUUAGACCUUAAGUUAAAAAACCACCCCCAGGAAGAACAACAAAAGCCUUUUGUAAAUUAUUUCCCAAAAACCAUCAAAUGGAGCAUUGUUAUGUUUGAAAUAA